CUCUUGUCUGCGCUUUUGGUCACCUCCUCCUUUCUCCUCCCUCCGUCUCCUCUCUUUCCCCACCUGUUGAAGCAAUUGUUGCUCACACUGUAUUGUUAUCUUCCCAUUGUCAGUCACAUGAGUCUCCGCCCUGCUCCACACCCUCCCCCCCCCUUUUUUUUUUUUCUCUCUCUCUCUCUCUCUCUUCCUACUGAGUAUAAAAGUCAUUGGUGAUCAAGUGAGAUUCAGCACAGACGUCAGAACAGGUGACGAUGGAAGAUCUACAGGGAUGUCAACUAAAGGACACCACUUCUGCCGGGUUUUGCACACACCGAGUCGUUCAGAUGGAUCUGUCUCUCUGGUGUGAAGAGGUGGACGAUGACCUCAGACAGGAGCAGGUGCAAAAUCUGGAGCCCGUCGCCAGGGGCUCAACGCCGUUGCGAGCCACCUGGGACCCCACGGUGUCCGGAAACCGCGUGAUUCAAAAACUUCUUCACGUAGAGGAGCGAUACCUGCCCUCCGCACUCUACAUCGCUCUCAUCCAGAGAAAUCCACAGCAAAGGGAGGAGCUCACUAAAUGGGCCCUGGAUGUGUGCUUUGAAUGCGGCUGUGAUGAAGCUGUCUUCCCUCUGUCCAUCUCUCUGAUUGACAGGUUCCUGUCUGCCUCCUUGUCCUUGCCUAUCUCACCAUACUGCCUGGCUGCAGGCUGCAUCCUUAUUGCCUCCAAACUCAUAGAAUGUGACAACGUUACAGCUGACGCGCUUUGUGCGGCCGUUGAGAACAACUUUGAGGCGUCGAGCUUGAGGGAAAUGGAGCGUGUCAUUCUGGCCACCCUCAGGUGGGACACAGCGGCUGUAACUCCUCAGGACUUCCUUCCACACUUCCUUGUUUCUGUGGCAGAGGGAGAAAGAGCAAGAGGAAAUGACACCAAUGAAGAAGACGAAGAGGAGCUGCUGUCUACCCUCAGGAGACACAGUGACACCUUGGCUGUUAUGUGUGUCUGCGACUCCCGCUUUUUGGGAGUUCCACCUUCCCUCGUGGCUGCUGCCUCCCUGGUCUGUGCGUUAAGAGGUCUGGGCAAAAAAGGGGUUACUCAGCUGGAACGCACAAGCGAAACAUUGGCGGAGUUGUGCCAGAGCGACCUGGCGGUGCUGCAAUACUACAGUGAAAUGAUUGAAUACGGCCUUCAUCACCGGCUAAGGAGUAGCCCUCAGAUAGGUCCCUCAGAGAAGGACGAGGAAGUAGAAGACGAGAGAGCCAGGACGCCAACUGACAUGAGGGAGAUCAACUUUUAAAUUCCCAAUAAGCUGCUCUGAUAAGUGUAAACCAAUCAAAACCGUUGAAGUUCGUCAAACUCAUAAGUCAUUCAGCCUAAUAUGACCUCAAAUUGCCAAUGUUUUGUUUAAUGUAUCUUAAUAUAUUUUCCAUUAUUAUUAUUGUUGUUAUUAUUAUUGU